UGAUUUGGGGGCAAGUUUCUAUUCACUCCUCGUCCUUUCAAAGAAUCACGGGGAGGGUUCAGAACCCGAGAAAUGGGUGUGUCAUUGGUACAUGCUCUGUUCUUAACUCUGUUUCUGCUCUGCCUCCAAACAAAAGCAGAGGACUCUGGUGCAACCAGAAAGCUCGCAGGAGCAUGCAACUUGUUCAAAGGAAAAUGGGUCUACGAUGCUUCAUACCCUCUCUACGACCCUUCUUCUUGUCCCUUCAUAGAUCCACAAUUCAAUUGUCAAAAACAUGGUCGCUCGGAUAAACUCUACCAGAAAUAUAGGUGGUCGCCAUUUUCUUGUCCCUUGCCAAGGUUCAAUGGAUUGGACUUUUUGCAGAGAUACAGAGGGAAGAAGAUUAUGUUUGUUGGUGAUUCCUUGAGCUUGAACCAGUUCAAUUCAUUGGCGUGUAUGAUUCAUGCUUGGGUGCCAAAAUCUAAGAGCACUUUCAGUCAAAGGGAUGCUCUUUCCAAAGUCACAUUUGAGGAGUAUGGCCUUGAGAUAUACUUGUACAGAACAGCAUAUUUAGUGGAUCUUGACCGUGAGAAAGUGGGACGAGUUUUGAAGCUUGACUCUAUCAAGAACGGUGACUCGUGGAUGGGGAUGGACGCGCUGAUCUUCAACACGUGGCACUGGUGGACCCACACCGGAAGUUCACAACCGUGGGACUAUGUUGAGGUGGAUAAUAGGUUGUUGAAAGACAUGAACCGUUUUGUUGCAUACUACAAAGGCCUAACAACCUGGGCCAAGUGGAUCGAAAGAAACAUCAAUCCAUCACAAACCAAGGUCUUCUUCUUGGGAAUUUCUCCGGUGCAUUACGUGGGGAGAGAUUGGAAUCAACCAGCAAAGUCAUGCAUGAGUGAGACAGAACCAUUCUUUGGAUUGAAGUACCCUGCAGGAACACCAAUGGCGUGGGUGGUGGUGAACAAGGUGUUGAACAGAAUAAAAAAGCCUGUGUAUUUCCUGGAUGUGACCACACUUUCACAGUACAGAAAAGAUGCACACCCUGAAGGCUACAGUGGAGUUAUGGCAGUAGAUUGCAGCCAUUGGUGUCUUCCGGGGCUUCCUGACACUUGGAAUGAGCUUCUCAGUGCUGUUCUUUCUGGUUGAAAACAAACACACAUAACUUUGUUUUUUAGGUCCAACUUGUUAGAGGAAAACCAAUUGUUUUCAACUUUAGGAGAUAUUUUAUUUGGCAUUUUGGUUCUUGUAACUGUUCAAUAAAAGGGCUUCGUGCUCCUAAUUGUAAAUGUAGAUCAAUGUGGCAGAAAUUUGCCUUCAAUUGUACCAAAUACCAUUCUCAAAUUUGAAAACCAUUGUGGAAA